AUGUGCGAUAAUGCUACAGACCACCGAAUCUCCUACAGCUCGAGUCAUAACAGGUUUUAUCCAAUUAAGAGAAGAAUUGACUACAAGACCACUACUAUCUUGUUGGAUGGCAGAAGGGUCAAGCUGGAACUCUGGGACACAUCAGGGCAAGGAAGAUUUUGCACCAUUUUCAGAUCGUACUCUAGAGGAGCCCAGGGAAUUCUCUUGGUGUACGACAUCACUAAUCGCUGGUCCUUUGAUGGGAUAGACCGAUGGAUAAAGGAAAUAGAUGAGCAUGCCCCAGGUGUCCCUCGGAUCCUGGUGGGAAACAGGCUUCACCUUGCCUUCAAGAGGCAGGUGCCAACAGAGCAGGCCCGGGCUUACGCAGAGAAGAACUGCAUGACGUUUUUUGAGGUCAGCCCCCUGUGCAACUUCAACGUCAUAGAGUCCUUCACGGAGCUGUCCCGUAUCGUCCUCAUGCGGCACGGCAUGGAGAAGAUCUGGAGGCCCAACAGAGGUGAGUGGUGAGGAAGGUGCUCCAUG